AUGCUCUCAGCAUACCACCCUCUCCAGCAGGGGCAGACGGUCUCAGUGACAACAACAUCCACCGUCCUGCUGGCCGCCAUACCUCACCUCUACAGACUGGCAAACUACUCCAUUGUCAUCCACGUGCACCUAGAACCCUCACAGUUCGCAGACUACUCCGUCAUAAGCUCCAUUAGGCAAUGCGGCUUCUCCUUCUUGCACUCAGAGACCCUGCAGGAGGCCCAUGAUAUCGGUCUCACUGCCCAUGCUUUGGCCCUGACCUCGGGCAAGGGAGUCAUUCACUUCUUUGACCUGCGCAACUCGGAAAAGGACCAGCCGGUCGUGGCAGAGGAUGCCGCCUUUGUCAAAGAUAUACUAGAAAUCAGUCCCGUUAGGGCUACCCAUACUCCAGUGGACGUGCCUCAGACCAUCUAUGCGGAUUCAGGGAGAGUCGCCAUAGUCACUGAUCAGGGCUUCGGAGGGCCUGUUAUCAAUGCUGCUGAUGCUUCUGCCUCGGCUGAUACAUCGCUUCCUAUUCCGUCUCCUAAAUCUGCGGCUCCUAGCGUCGACCCAUCAUCAGUGGGUUCCUCGCGACGGGGCAGUAUUCUCGACAGCCAUGUACCCAGUUCAUCUGCCACUACAGCUGAGACAAUCACCACCCGCCCAGUCGAUGCCGCAGACAUCUUCCAGAUAGUAAGCAUCAUCUGGGAUGCCUUGUCCGCCAGAGUAGGUCGCAACUAUCACGCCAUUGAGUACUCGGGACCCCAAAACGCAAAACUAGCAUUGUUCAUCUUUGGUUCAACUGGCGUGUUUCUCGAUACCCUGAACGACCCGGCUCACAAGGACGAAUUCAAGGAUGUGGGCAUCAUCACUGCCAGACUUUACCGGCCCUGGAUAGGCAGCCAGAUACUCCGUGCUAUACCGGAUUCAGUCGAGCGCAUAGCCGUGCUCGAACAGGUCCGCAAGACAACCAGAUGGGGGCCGUCUUUCCUUGAUCUCCUAUCUAGCGUGUCCCAGCCACCGUCCAGCACUAGACCUACACCAACCCUCGUAGGCUAUAGACUAGGAUACAUAGAGUCCGCAACAGCUUCCCAGGCAGUCAGGGGCGUCAUCCAGAAUCUCACCUUGGAGGCACCAGUUCAAAACCUCGACAUAGGCACUGAGACCAUCCCCCAACCUGAUACCCAGCUUCAACAGCCUAGCCAUGAGAAUGCAUACACCAAGAUCCUGAACCAGCUGUUCAGUGAUCGCUUGUACAUUGCCAACCAGCUUGGCUCACAGAACGCAGGUAUCUCCGCCACCAUCGCCGCUUCACCAGAGUAUGGCUUUGGAUCUCUACUCGCUCGGAAGGAACGUCGUGUCAAUCUCAAGAAGGAUGUCGAAGAAGCUGUUCGAGCCAAUGGGUUCACAAACGAGACUUCCAAACAACUUCUGUCCAAGUGGGCUUUGAACGAAUCCAACUCCGCCAAAGUGAACCAGAUUGCGCCAGACGUCAUUGAUGCUUUGACGGCAGAUGGUUCCGGUCCGGCUGAAGACCUACUUCAAUCCAAGGAGCUAUUCUUCAAGGAGUCCCAAUGGCUUAUUGGCUCCGAUGCAUGGGCUUAUGAUCUUGGAAAUUCAGGAGUUCACCAUGUUCUCGCCUCAAAUGAGAAUGUCAACAUGCUCAUUAUUGACUCCCAGCCGUACUCUCAACAGACUGCCGCAGAUCCCACACGCCGCAAGAAGGAUAUCGGGCUGUACGCAAUGAACUUCGGCCAUGCAUACGUUGCGUCCGUCGCAGUAUACCGCUCAUAUACCCAAGUCCUUCAAGCUAUUGCAGAGGCAGAACAGUUCAACGGGCCUUCAGUCGUCGUUGCUUAUCUACCUUAUCAUAAAGAAAGUGACUCCCCCCUCACUGUACUCCAGGAGACCAAGAAAGCAGUGGAAGCUGGCUACUGGCCUCUGUACAGAUGGAACCCUGAAAAUGCCGAAAAGGGCUUGCCUAAUUUCUCAUUGGACUCUGAGAGGAUCAGAAGAGAGCUCGAAGAGUUCCUUCGUAGGGAUAACCAGCUCACUCAGCUGAUGAGUCGCGAGCCCAAGUUUGCAGCAAGUUUAUCAGAGUCAUAUGGCAGUGAAGUACGCGCUUUGAAGAAGAGAGCUGCGAAGAAGGCGUACGACCAGCUCAUGGAGGGCUUGCUUGGUGCUCCUCUAACAAUCCUGUUUGCAUCCGAUAAUGGCAACGGCGAGAAUUUGGCCAAGAGACUGGCAAAUCGCGGUAAAGCCCGUGGUCUCAAGACCAUGGUCAUGGCGAUGGACGAUUACCCGAUCGAAGACCUUUCGACGGAAGAGAACAUUGUCCUCAUCACCAGUACAGCGGGACAGGGAGAGCUGCCUCAGAACGGACGUGGAUUCUGGGAAACUGUCAAGAAUGCAGGAGACCUCGACUUGGGUGCUAUCAAGUAUUCCGUUUUCGGCCUGGGUGAUAGCCAUUACUGGCCUCGAAAGGAAGACAAGCUAUACUACAACAAGCCCGCCAAAGACUUAGAUGCUCGUCUCGCCUUCCUGGGCGGUAAGAAGCUGGCUGAUAUCGGCCUAGGUGACGAUCAGGACCCAGAUGGUUAUCAGACCGGAUAUUCAGAGUGGGAGCCAAAGAUCUGGAAGGCUCUAGGGGUGGAUAAUGUUGAAGGACUUCCUGAUGAGCCAGCGCCUCUGACCAACGAAGAUAUCAAGAUUCAAUCUAACUACCUUCGAGGAACUAUUGCUGAGGGCCUACGAGAUGAAUCUACUGGUGCUCUUGCGGAGAGUGACUUGCAAUUGACCAAGUUCCACGGAACUUACAUGCAAGACGACCGAGACUUGAGAGAAGAACGAAAAGCCCAGGGCCUCGAGCCAAAGUAUAGCUUCAUGAUCCGCUGUCGUCUCGCAGGUGGUGUAGCUACCCCUUCGCAAUGGCUGCAGAUGGAUGAAAUCAGUAGCGCGCAAGGCAACGAGACGAUGAAGCUUACGACCAGACAGACAUUCCAGUUCCACGGUGUCGUUAAGGGGAAACUACGAGCAGCUAUGCAGGCGAUCAACCGGGCGUUAAUGUCUACUAUUGCUGCAUGCGGAGACGUCAACAGAAAUGUCAUGUGCAGCAGUCUUCCUGAGCUGUCUACAUACCACAGCGAAGUCCAUGCUGUGUCAAAACUUAUCAGUGACCAUCUUCUUCCAGCAACUACCGCGUAUCAUGAAAUCUGGCUGAAAGACGAGAAUGAUAACAAGGUACAAGUUGCAGGAGACGCCGUUGUUGACCACGAACCACUCUAUGGCCCAACAUAUCUUCCUCGAAAGUUCAAGAUCACAAUCGCUAUACCGCCCCAUAACGAUACGGACGUAUACGCCCAUGACAUAGGCCUCAUCGCAAUCAAGGGCGCAGAUGGCCAUCUGGAAGGAUUCAAUGUCCUUGUCGGCGGUGGCAUGGGCGUCACCCACAACAACAAAAAGACGUACCCCCGAACAGGCAGUAUGCUAGGCUAUGUCCCCGCAAAACAAGCGCACAUAGUCUGUGAGAAAAUCAUGCUCGUCCAGCGCGACCAUGGCGACAGGAAGAACCGCAAACACGCCCGAAUGAAAUACACUGUCGAUGACAUGGGUGUGGACGUCUUCAAGGGCAAAGUAGAAGCCUUACUCCCUGAAGACCUUCGAUUCGCCGAACCCCGUCCCUUCAAGUUCGACUCCAACGUCGACACCUUCGGCUGGAUCAAGGAUGAAAAUGGCCUGAACCACUUCACUUGCUUUAUCGAGAACGGCCGCGUAGAAGACACCUCCGACUUCCUGAUGAGAACCGGUCUGCGUGAAAUCGCCAAGUUGAACAAGGGAGAGUUCCGCCUCACUGGAAACCAGCACGUCAUAAUAUCCAAUAUCAAAGACGAAGAUCUACCUCAGGUCAAAGCCCUGAUGGCAAAGUACAAGCUGGACAACACAUCUUUCAGUGGCUUGCGUCUCUCGUCCUCGGCCUGCGUUGCUUUUCCCACAUGUGGUCUUGCGAUGGCUGAGUCAGAACGAUACUUACCCAUUCUCAUCACGAAGGUAGAGUCGUACCUCGAGGAGAAUGGUUUGUCGCGAGAAAGCAUCGUGAUGCGAAUGACUGGUUGUCCCAAUGGAUGCGCUAGACCUUGGUUGGCGGAAGUCGCCUUCGUGGGCAAGGCGUAUGGAGCAUAUAACAUGUACCUUGGCGGAGGAUAUCAUGGCCAACGACUAAACAAGCUCUACCGCUCUUCAAUCAAGGAAGCUGAGAUUCUCGAUAUCAUGAAGGGGUUGCUGAAGAGGUAUGCUCUUGAGCGCCAGACGGAUGGGGACCAGCCGGAACGGUUCGGUGAUUGGUGUAUUCGUGCUGGUAUCAUAAAGGAGACCACCGAGGGCAAAAAUUUCCACGAAGGGGUUGCUGAAGACGAAGAGUAG